ACCCUUCUAGAAACUCUAAUCUUCCCAUUUAAAACAAGAUGACGAAAAGGAACAUAAUAUGUCCCUCUAUAUAACGACUUCUAGGUAACCUCCUCUAAUAAAAGAUUCAUCUAUUUAAUAUCCACAGCCUUUUCAGUCUUGAGUUACUUUUCUGAGAUAACGAUCUCUGAUCCUGCUUUCACAGGAAAGCUCAAUAUGACGUUCCUAGGUUGGAUGCAUCGUAAGUUGAUGCACAACAGCAUGGAGCCAAUGAAGAAUUCCAAAAUAGGAAACCCUUGUGCUUGUUUUUCAGUGCAGACAUUGUUUGAUGAGCAAAACUAUUAUGAAGAAUCGACCAAAAAUUUGUCUCACUCGAAAACAAACUUUCACAAAUCUUCAAACUGGUUUGGAUAUGAUGAUGUUGAACAGAUCUCCCAAGAGGAAUUGCUCGAGCCUUUUGAGUUUCUUGCAAUUGGCACCUUCGGCACGGAACUACACGGUACAGAUCCCCCAACCCCAACCCUGCCAAUGCCUUCUGAAGAUUUGACUGAUCAUCAGACAGAGAUAACAGAAAAUGAUAUCCAGCUAAUAAACUAUGAGCUUGAGAAGUUUCUUGAAGCUGAGGAUAAAGAGUUAGCCAAUGAGACAUCUGGACGGAGUAGCUACGCUAGCAUUAUAACCCUCAGCAAUAAGCCGAUAGAGGGAGAAGAUUCUGAUUGUCAGACCUACUUCAUAGAUUUUCCUCUCCAAAAUUAUCUUUUAGCCAACUCAACUGAAGCUGCAGAGACAAAUAAUGAGGCAAGAAAAGAAAAGACAUCCCUUGAAGAUCUCUUUAAGAGGAAUAUGAUAGCCCAUGAUGAUCAAGCAAGGGAAUUCAAAGGAGGAAAACAACACCUGAGGAAAAGAAAUGUCACUUGUUUCAUAAAGAAAGUGGUAAAGAAGUUCCAUUCUUGCUCAACAGCCAUUUCUAAGGAUGAAGCUACUGUGCCUAUCUCAAUGGAGAAAAAACUCUCUAAGGUUCUUAAAAUGCUGCAACGGAAGGUUCACCCUGAACAGAUGGCUGAUAAACACAUACCCUAUAAAGAUUAUGGAAAUAAGGUGGUUGGUCCAGCAGCCAGAAAAAAGAGGGAAAGCACUAAGAAACUAUGUUCAGAUGAUAUCUGCAACGGUUCUUCAACAACUAAUGGAGGGCACUGGAUUAAGACAGAUUCAGACUACGUGGUCCUGGAGCUGUAGGGGGCGAAACACUAAAAUCAAGGUGGGCAUCCUCGUUUAAUUCGACUAUCAUGUGUGGAGCUUGCUCGGGUAUGUAUGUUUGCGACUUUAUCUAAUAGCGACUGUCAUGUGUGGAGUUUGCUCGGUUAUGUAUGUUUCUCCUAGCCAGUUUGAUCUACAGUGAAGUGCUAUGGUAGCAGAUGGUAACGCUAUUUGUAUCCCGUUCUACUUUACAAGUAAAACUCAGUUCUCGAAAACAAUAAAUGUUUGUACUAAAAGCUAUUAUGUUCAAUGCAUUGAGUGCUUGUGUGAUUA